UAAGACUUGUUGGUGGGUACAUACCAAUUAUAUACUAGUAUCACCUUCUCUCCACCUCUCAUGUACAGUGACAUGUUAUGCAUUCAUUUCCACUGCCAUGAUCUAACCAGUUUUUUCUUUCCCACUUUAUUUACCUGGAAAACAUAGCCUCCAUUUUCUUGCACUUUCCUCAACCUCUUCAGUCUUGCCUUACGUCCCUUCCAUGUUUUGUUUUCUUUCUUUGACCAUAACUUCAUUUUCAUUCUGAUACCACUCAUCUCAUAGUGUAAGGUUCCACAACAAACUCAAAUUCCUUGUUAUUCAUUCAAAGCUCAACUGUUCAAGUAUAUCAUGUCGUUUGUCGCAUCACUCCAUUCUCUUAGACACUUUGAAAGUAGUUUACUGACAUUUUUGGUGAAGCCGGUUUUCAUGCAUGGCUUAUCUUGUUUCCUUCAUCUAGUGUUGCUAGUAGUGCUUUCAGUGUCACUGGUGUGGAAGAAAGUCACAGUUGGAGCCAAAGAAUGUUCCAGAGAGAAAAUUAAUAAUACCUUGUUUUCAAGGACUAGGCUUUGCUUUCUGGUUGUUUCUGCUUUCAAUCUUCUACUCUUUUUGUUUGGUUACUUUUCUUGGUUUAGAAAUGGUUGGUCAGAAGAGAAGCUUGUGACCCUUUUGGAUUUGGUGCUCAAAACGGUUGCUUGGGGUGUCAGUGGUGUUUGCUUGCAAAGGGCAUUCUUCAUUUCAAGGGAAAGAAUAUUUUCAUUCUUCUUUAGAGCUUGGUGUGUGUUCUAUCUCUCUGUUUCCGGUUAUUGCUUUACAGUGGACAUUGUUCUCUAUGAAAAGCAUGCUGCUGUGCCUAUUCAGUGCUUGGUUUCUAAUGUUUUCUCUGUUUGUGUGGGUUUGUUCUUCUGUUACUUGGGAAAUUUUGUGAAAAAUGAGGGUGGAGUGGGAGAUAGUACUCUUCAAGAAUCUCUUUUGAAUGGUGGUUCAAAAGAGAGUGAUAUGUUAGGGACAAAAGAGAUCAAGGGGAGUGACACUGUUACCCCUUACUCUAAUGCUGGAAUUUUUUGCCUUCUUACCUUUUCUUGGGUUGGUCCUUUGAUUGCUGUUGGAAAGAAGAAGACUUUGGACCUUGAGGAUGUUCCUCAACUUGACAAAAGAGACAGUUUAAUUGGAGCUUUUCCAACUUUUAGGGAUAAGCUUGAUGCAUGUUGUGGAGGAAGUAACACAGUGACCACACUUAAGUUAGUGAAGUCAUUAGCAUUCUCAGCCUGGAAAGAGAUAAUUUUCACAGCUAUCCUUGCAUUGAUAAAUACCCUGGCUUCUUUUGUUGGUCCCUAUCUUAUUGAUGGUUUUGUUCAAUACCUUAAUGGAAAACAAAAAUUUGAAAAUGAAGGCCUUGUUUUGGUGUUUGCAUUUUCUGUGGCAAAGCUUGUGGAGUGCCUGGCGCAUAGGCAAUGGUUCUUUAGGUUGCAGCAAGUUGGAAUACGAAUUCGAGCACUGCUUGUGGCAAUCAUAUAUGAUAAAGCUUUGAAUCUUUCAUUCCAAUCCAAGCAAGGCCACACUACUGGAGAAAUAAUAAACUUCAUGAGUGUUGAUGCAGAAAGAGUUGGUGAGUUCAGUUGGCACCUACAUGAUUUGUGGUUAGUAGUCCUACAGGUUUUUGUAGCCUUGUUGAUUUUGUAUAGAAACCUUGGCCUUGCUUCAAUUGCUGGCUUUGUUGCAAUUUUCAUUGUAAUGUGGGCAAACAUUCCCUUGGGUUCAACCCAAGAGAAGUUUCAGAACAAGUUGAUGGAGUCAAAAGAUGCGAGAAUGAAAGCAACAUCUGAGAUUUUAAGGAAUAUGAGGAUUCUCAAGCUGCAAGGAUGGGAAAUGAAGUUUUUGUCUAAGAUAACUGAACUCAGAAAGAUUGAGCAAGGUUGGUUAAAAAAAUUUAUAUACACUAUAGCCGUGACCAUAUUUGUGUUCUGGUGUGCCCCAGCAUUUGUGUCAGUGGUUACGUUUGGUACUUGUUUGCUUAUAGGGAUCCCCCUCGAGUCAGGGAAGAUCUUAUCUGCACUUGCAACAUUCCAGAUUCUCCAAGAACCCAUUUAUAAUCUUCCAGACACAAUUUCAAUGAUGGCACAAACUAAGGUUUCUCUUGACAGGAUUGCAUCUUUCCUUCGUCUGGAUGAGAUGCAAUCUGAUAUUGUGGAGAAGCUUCCACCAGGUAGUUCUAAUGUAGCAAUUGAAGUAGUUGAUGGAAAUUUUUCUUGGGAUUUAGCUUCCCCAAGAACAACAUUGCAAAAUAUAAAUCUCAGAGUUUUUCAUGGCAUGAGGGUUGCUGUUUGUGGCACUGUUGGGUCAGGCAAGUCUACUUUACUUUCUUGUAUAUUGGGGGAAGUACCAAAGAAAUCAGGGAUCCUGAAGGUGUGUGGAAGAAAGGCCUAUGUAGCUCAGUCACCAUGGAUACAAGGUAGCAAGAUUGAGGAUAAUAUAUUGUUUGGAAAGGAUAUGGAAAGGGAAAGGUAUGAGAAGGUCCUUGAAGCUUGUUGCCUAAAGAAGGAUCUAGAUAUCUUGUCAUUUGGAGAUCAAACUAUUAUAGGAGAGAGGGGUAUAAAUUUGAGUGGUGGACAGAAACAAAGAAUACAAAUUGCUCGUGCUCUAUAUCAAGAUGCUGAUAUAUAUCUAUUUGAUGAUGUGUUUAGUGCUGUGGAUGCUCAUACAGGAUCUCACCUUUUUAAGGAAUGCUUACUGGGCCUUCUAAGUUCAAAAACAGUGGUUUAUGUCACUCAUCAAGUAGAGUUCUUACCUGCUGCUGACCUUAUCUUGGUCAUGAAAGAUGGGAAGAUUACUCAAUGUGGAAAAUAUAAUGAUCUUCUCAACUCAGGUACUGAUUUUAUGGAACUUGUUGGUGCUCAUAAAGAAGCUUUGUCUGCAAUUGAUUCGUUAGAUGGAGGGACAGCAUCUGAUAAAAUAAGUAUAACACAGAAUGAUGUACGUGUCUCUCUUUCUCAUGGUGUUGAAGAAAUAGAAAGCAAAGAUGUGCAAAAUGAUGGAAAAGAUGAUAAAUGUGAUCCAAAAGGCCAACUUGUUCAAGAAGAAGAAAGGGAGAAAGGUAAAGUUGGGUUUUCAGUCUAUUGGAAAUAUAUCACAGCAGCGUAUGGAGGAGUACUUAUACCACUCAUAUUGUUGGCUGAAAUUUUGUUUCAACUUCUUCAAAUUGGAAGCAACUAUUGGAUGGCUUGGGCAACUCCUAUCUCAAAAGAUUCUGAGCCACCUGUUACAGGAAGUAUGCUUAUAGUUGUGUAUUUAGCUUUGGCCAUAGGAAGUUCUGUUUGUGUCCUUGCAAGAGCAACACUUGUUGCCACAGCUGGUUACAAGACAGCUACUUUACUCUUCAAAAACAUGCAUUUCUGCAUCUUCCGUGCUCCAAUGUCAUUUUUUGAUGCCACCCCAAGUGGGAGAAUCCUUAAUAGGGCUUCUACUGACCAAAGUGCAGUGGAUGUAGACAUUCCUUUUCAAAUUGGAGCAUUUGCUUUCUCUGUGAUCCAUCUUCUUGGAAUUAUAAUGGUUAUGUCUCAAGUUGCAUGGCAGGUUUUCACUGUCUUUAUUCCUAUUACAGCAAUCGGCAUCUGGUAUCAGCAAUAUUAUUUACCAUCAGCCCGGGAACUAUCACGUUUAGCUGGGGUAUGCAAAGCUCCUAUCAUUCAACACUUUGCUGAAACAAUAUCAGGUGCAUCAACCAUCAGGAGCUUUGAUCAGGUGCCAAGAUUUCAGCAAACAAAUAUGAAACUGGUGGAUGGAUAUUCUCGCCCCAAGUUCAACAAUGCUGGUGCAAUGGAAUGGUUGUGCUUCCGAUUAGAUAUGUUGUCUUCUAUCACAUUUUCCUUUUGCUUGAUAUUAUUGGUAUCUAUUCCACAAGGAUUCCUAAAUUCAGGUGUUGCUGGUUUAGCUGUAACCUAUGGCCUUAAUCUGAACAUUAUACAAUCAUGGAUGAUAUGGGAACUUUGCAACUUGGAGACCAAAAUUAUAUCAGUAGAAAGAAUAAUUCAGUAUACUUCCAUUCCUAGUGAGCCUCCUCUUGUUUUAGAAAAAAACCAGCCACAUCAUUCUUGGCCAUCAUAUGGAAGGAUUGAUAUUCAUAACUUGAAGGUACGUUAUGGUCCACAUAUGCCAUUUGUGUUGCAUGGCCUUACAUGCACAUUUCAAGGAGGACUUAAAACUGGAAUUGUUGGGAGAACAGGAAGUGGUAAAUCAACUCUCAUACAAACAAUUUUCCGAAUUAUUGAGCCUACUGUUGGGAGAAUUAUGAUAGAUGGCAUCAACAUCUCUUCCAUUGGACUUUAUGAUUUGAGGUCAAGACUGAGCAUUAUUCCUCAGGAUCCAACCAUGUUUGAGGGUACUGUGAGAAGCAAUCUGGACCCACUUGAAGAGUACACAGAUGAACAAAUUUGGGAGGCACUUGAUAAGUGUCAACUUGGAGAGGAAGUUAGAAGGAAAGAAGGAAAACUAGACUCUGCAGUUUGUGAGAAUGGAGAGAAUUGGAGUAUGGGGCAAAGGCAAUUGGUCUGCCUUGGCAGGGUGUUGCUUAAGAAGAGUAAGGUCCUGGUGCUAGAUGAAGCUACUGCAUCUGUUGACACAGCUACAGAUAAUUUGAUCCAGCUAACUCUUAGGCAACAUUUCUGUGAUUGCACAGUCAUUACCAUUGCACAUAGAAUAAAUUCAGUCAUUUAUAGUGAUAUGGUUCUACUACUUAAUCAAGGACUUAUUGAGGAGUAUGAUUCUCCAACAAAGUUGCUAGAGGACAAGUUAUCUUCUUUUGCUCAGCUUGUUGCAGAGUAUUCCACUAGGUCCAAUUCCAAUUUUGAUCUACUAAAAUAGUUUUUCCUUUUCGAUUUGUUUUUUUUUGGUUCUUUGUCAAGAACUGGGAAAAUUACAAUGAUAAAUAAUGUGUCUUCUUUUCAUUUAAUAGAA